UUCCACCCGCCAAGAAGGUGUACAAAAGAGUUUGCGUGACUUAUUGCGUGACAGUAUCGUCUCUAAGGCAAAAAUGGCCACCAGUGUGCUGUCUAGGGUUUUGAGGCCUCUCUCUCGCACAGCAAUCCGUCCCAUUCGCAGCUUCCAUAGACCUUGGCCUGUUUCAGUUUUAACGAGGCAGAAGAGUUCUUCAACUGAGCCAAGUUCGGUUGAAAACGCGAAAGAAGCGAACUGGAAAUGCAGACAAGAUUUGGCGACGGCACUUCGAGGUCUCGACUGGUACGGCUUGAGUGAAGGUGUUUGCACGCACUUGACGAUGAUGGCUCCUGCAUUGAGCGGCGAUGGAGAGGUCAUGCUCAUGAUUCCUCAUGGUCUCCAUUGGAGUCAGGCAACCCCAUCAUCUCUGCUAGGUGUCAGUGACAGAGGUGAGCUGGUGGAAGGCAAAGGUCACAUACAGAUAGAGGCUAAUGCAAUCCACAAAGGUGUUCAUGAUGCUAGGCCAGAUGCGGUGUGUGUCUUCCAUCUUCACUCGCCAUACACAACUGCUAUAGGAAUGCUGGAAGAAGAGGUGUUUGGCAUGUACCACCAGACACACUGUCGUUUCUACAAUGAUUUUGCUUAUGACCCAAAAUAUGGAGGAGCUGCUUUGAGUUGCGAAGAAGGCGAGCGACUGGCUAAGCUUAUUGGAAAAAAGGCAGUCCUGUUUAUGGGAAAUCAUGGCGUGUUAUUUACUGCACCAACUGCAGCUAUCGCAUUUGACAAUGCCUACUUUAUGGAACGCGCUUGUAUGAUGCAGAUGAUUGCAAUGCAAACUGGGAAGAAACUCCGCGAGUUGCCCGAUGACAUCAGCAAGUUGACUUACCAACAAACCCAAGACGCAUUAGAAUAUUAUGCAAAUGCUCAUUUUGAGGGAAUUAAGGCUGUACUUCUGCAGAAAGACCCAGGAUUUUUAAAUCAAUGAUGCUUAAUAAUCUUGUUUUCCAGUCGGUGGUCAGUACUUUCACUGACCCCUGAAAAAAAAUUAUCAGUGACCCCAUAGACCCUAUUCAAAAAUGGCUGCCAAUUUACAAUUCUUUUGUAUUCGUUUAAAUUAACCCAACUGACCUCUUUUGAAUUAUCAACUCAAAAACGAGGUUAGUUGGGAUAACUGUAAUACUUACACGAGAAUUUUUAAUUGGCAGCCAUUUAUGAAUGGGACCAAAAGACGGGGCUCUUGGUAAUCUUUUAGUAUAUAUACAGUGUUUGUAUACGGUCAGAAUAGUGUAGUUUCUAUAUUAUAUGUCGACACUGAAUGGGUAAUAGCAAACCACGUAUUUCUGUUUGAAUUGAACGCUGUCAUUACAUUUUUAACCUGAGCACGUUGUAAGAGCGAUAGGUGUACUGGGCAGAUCUAAAGAAUUGCGUAAUUCGUAGAUGAAAUAUAAAUUCAGUUUUUACUAGGCGUCAUCAUUGCUUAAGCUUUCUAAUAUUAAUAAAGUUAUUACCAGGACUGCAAAAACAGCUAGACUCCUCCAAAACAGAUGAUGAUGACGACGAUGACAAAGAAAAGACGACGACGAUGGCGGCGGUCGCGGCGGCGAUCGAAGUAGCAGUGCUUCAUGUUUGUGGUGGUGAUGACAAUUAGGAAGUUUGAGCAAACCACAACGGCGACGGCAACUAGGACGAACAUAACAGUGGCUGUGCAUGUGUGUUUUAAAUCUUGGUCUAUUUCUUUGUUGCUUUCUGCAAAACAACGACGUGAAAUGACCAAAUUCUGUGCAGGCUAGAGAAUGUGAACCACAACGGCCAAUAUUUAUAAUUUUAAAUGUCUAAUUCAACGAGAUGAAUUAGACAAUUUGAGAUGUCUCCGACAGCCAUAGACUAACUAAAUGACUUCAGAGUUUCGCGAGAUUCGUAGGUUGAAUAUAAAUUCAUUUUCCAAUCGAUGUUGUCCCCGCGUCGCCGUUGUGGUUGCUUAAAACUUCCUAAUGAUGGGAGUUGCUCCGGGUCUAAUUAGCUCCACUGACUGUUCUUAUCACUGUUUACGCGUGUGAAAACCCCUGCGCAUGUAGGUUAAGACUAAAGAAAAAACUGUGCCCCUGAUUCACGCGUAAAACUAGAAAAAAAGAAAAGAAAAAGAAGAAGAAAAACAUAUCGCACUAAUUUUGGUAAUAUGUACGACUUUGCACAACAUGUACAUCUAGUCCAUUUGCAAUAAAAGAAUAUUUUGAAAGGG